UCAACAUUUUAUUAUGACAAGAUUUGACGGAACUAAAUCACCAUCAAUCAUUUCGGUUUUUCAUAAUACGAUCAUACAAAUUUCAUUCUGUAUAUUUUUAUCAUGGUUGACCAACUCGAAAAUUCAGAAAUACUAAAACACAUUAAGCAUUUAGAAAAUCAGAAUAAGAAACUCAGAAAUCUUUUAGACAGCACAAAGAAUGUAGCGAACCAAGAAGUAGAAAGAUUCUCGAUGUUACAAGACGAAACUAAAUAUUUAGAGCAAACAGUUGAUAAUUUAGAAAAAGAAAAACAAGAACUAGAUGACCUGCUGACGUCGGUACUAUCAAAAGAUGAAGGUAACAUGAAUUUGAUUUUAAUGAAACUAGAAAGAGAGCACUCAAAAUUGCGUGAUAAACUCGAUGAGGCUCAUACAAAGAUACAAUUAAAAACCGAAGAAGUUGUGAGCCUGCGAACGGAAGACGCUGUUCUUAAAGAAGUUAUUUCUAAUCUAGAAGCCACAAAGAAAUCUCUUUUGGGUCGUAUUAAGUUAAUCGAAGAUAAAGAAUCAGUAUUAUCAGGUAUUAGUAACAAACUGAAAGAACAACUGUCAGAAGUUGAACAAAGAGAAGAAAUUAUUGUUAAUGCUAAAUAUAAAACUGCAGACUUUAAUAAAAUGGAACAAAAUAAUAAAUCAAGCGAGCAUAUAGGAUCAAACAAAACAGCUACCGGUUCAAAUCUAGGAAAAAAACAACCUCUAAUACCUGUAGUUUCUAGUAACUCCAAUAUGUCUCCAAAUGUGCAACAGUCUACAGGAAAUUCCCAAUCUCUAGAGCAGAUCAUCAGCGAAUUAGAAAAAUCUAAAAGUAAAUUAUAUAAAGACCUAGAGGAAAUUAUCAACAACUCAACCAAAGAAAUCGAAAUAAUUAAAGCCAACGUCUCAGAUCCCGAUAUCAAACAACUUCUUUACGAAAUCGAUAUUCAAAAAGCUGUUCUAGAUUAUAAUUUGAAAAUGGCAAGGCUUCAAGAUGAAAAAAAUGUCGAUCUUGUUCAUUGUUCCCCAAUUAAAAUAUCGUCUAAUCCAAAUAACACAGUUUCUGAAAGUUCUCAACAUAAUAUUAAUACGUCUUCUUCUGAAAAAUCUAUGAAAUACGCAAAAGAAAAAGAGCUCAAAGUUGAUCAACUUAAUAAAGUCUUAGAAAAGAAAAUGAUUUAAUACCCAAUUUGUAAUCUCAAUAAUAAGAAGUGAAUCAUUAUAAUGAAAAAAUACUACAAAUAAAAUAAACAACUUUGUUACAAGAAUCAAUUUAAGUCUGAAAACACAAAAAACCGAACUUUUCAUAACAAAAAUGUUCGCACAUGUUAUUAUGAUACCUAUAUAAAAUAAUCUCUACAACAAAAUUCAUAGCAUAUUUAACUAGAAAAUAAAGGAAUGAAGUAAUUAAAAUCGAAACAAACAGCAAUAAAACUUUUAUUUAAAUUUUUAAUAAUAAAUUGAUGUAAAAAACCUAUAGACAUAAUAAAAGUCA